UGUUUUGUGAUCGGAAAAUUACGUUUAGCGAUAGUGAAAAAAGAAGAGAAGUGUGUACUUGUGUGAGGAAGAGGAUCUUUGUGAAUGCGAAGAAAAUCAUAGCAUUACAGAUUUAUUUAACACAUAUAUAACAAUGGCUUUAAAAAGGAUAAAAAAGGAAUUACAAGAUCUUGGAAGAGAUCCCCCUGCACAAUGUUCAGCUGGUCCAGUUGGUGAUGAUUUGUUUCACUGGCAAGCUACAAUAAUGGGUCCGCCUGAUAGUCCAUUUUCAGGAGGUGUGUUCUUUCUAACCAUACAUUUUCCAACGGAUUACCCAUUUAAACCUCCAAAGGUGGCAUUUACAACAAAAAUCUAUCAUCCGAAUAUAAACAGCAAUGGCAGCAUUUGUCUGGACAUUCUAAGAUCACAGUGGUCACCUGCAUUGACCAUAUCAAAAGUCCUCUUAUCAAUCAGCUCCUUACUAGAUGACCCAAAUCCAGAUGAUCCGCUUGUUCCAGAGAUUGCUCGCCUCUUCAAGUCGGACCUUUCUAAGUACAAAAGGACAGCUAAGGAAUGGACACAAAAAUUCGCAAAUUAAGGACAGGCACCUUCUCCCCCGCUUAAACAUACAUGUAACAUGCCUUCUUCCCAACAUGGUUUUUUUUAACCGUAUAACAACUAACAUCAAAUUUCAUACAUUCUCCGUACUCAACUUCAACCCACUGUGAAUCCAGGGACUGGUUAUUUUUGUUAGGAAAUGGAAAUUUUGCAAACAUUGUGUUGUAGAUGACAACAAGAUAAUGAUUAACUAACACUGGACCAUGGUUACGUAAGAGUAAUAUGCAAAUUUGUUAGAUGUGUUUUUGUUAUUAAGCCCUGUUCACUUUUGCAUGUCCUGGAACAUAUUUGGUGUAGUGUCUGCCCAUCUCUGCAAAAUUGUAAUAACCAACAGGCUAUUAAAUUACAUUGUUCUAAUAAAGAUAACAUCACAUAAACUCUAAAUAUUUAAUAGUUGACUGUUAAUAUCUGUGGGAAACAACAAAGGUAUUACGUCAAAUGAUAAAACACGACAAUCAUUAGCUGAUACCAGCACAAUAUGGAUAUAUAUAUAUAUACACUAUUAGGACCAUUUGGUAAAGUAUUAAUGAACGGUGAACCACAGAUUUAAAACAUACACAGAGAUCAGUUAAAGAUACAUCCAAAGCUGUUGGAUAAGGAUUAGCACCAGGGUCUAGGCACAGGCGAGGGCUGAAGCAACAGUGAACUGAUUUAUUGUGCAUAUUUUCCCCCUCAAAAUCAGUGUUACCUUAGCUUUUGUAUCCUAAGUUGACCAUGGUUUUAAGAUAUGUUGGUUAUACCUAGGUUUUAUUUCUCAACACAGAAAUUUACAUUAGUUAGUCGAAGGCUAAUAAACAGUCAAACAAAAAAAAUAAGAAUGAAGACGACUAGAAAAAACAAACCCAUGCAACUAUUAUUGUCUGUGAAAUUUACUUUUGUAUGAAGUAAUUAAUUGACUACUUUGAAAUGUAUAUUAAACUUGUGGUAAGAUAAUACACUCCCUCUUAUCUAUUUACAAGUCAAUUUAUAAAAUUCCCCUAUUGUUGUAAACUUUAAAAAAACAAAUGCCAAUUAAAAAAAUUUUGUAGUGUCUCUAGCUGUAUAUUAUUAUCUCAUAACACAUGUAUGGUUUAAUACAUUUAUCAUAACUUCAGCUUUACCAUUUCUGUGUAUUUAGUAGGUUGUAUAGCAUAUCCAAAUCGAACAUGUAAAAUGUAAAGGUAUCGUUUCCAGAAUAAUAGAUCGCUUAAAAAAUACCACUUGAACCAAAUUUAAAAUACUUAAUAAUCCUAAAGUUAUUUCUUCCUCUCUUACCUAUAUAAUUGUCAUUUGCAUGUUAAUAAGUUUUUAUAUGAAGUUCUGAUUUUACAAAUGUUUUGGGUUGUCGAAAAAUAACUAUUAAGUUGCUCUUGAACGUUGUACAGUAGGAGAUACUGAUGAUGGUUUAGUGCGAGUACCAUGUAAUUAAAAGCAAUAUGGAGUUGAAAAGAUUUAGUUGGCAACCGAAUAUUGGGGAAGAAGGUUCGCAUUUGCACGUACUGUAUUUAUUCUAUCAAUGUGGAGUAGUUGAAUUAACUUGUGUUUCUCCCUGACCAAUUAAAAUACAAUAAGUUUGAUCAUGGUCUAAAGGAACCAUAAAAUUUUGGGAGGGAAAUAUUUUGAUCAGUUGGAAUGAUAGAAUGUUUUGUAGUCAACAAUUCCUGAGCUCAUUUACUUAAACAAAAUCACCAACUAGAUUUGUGCAGGUUUUGCUAGCUUUCAAUGUAGACCAGGUAUAUCUUGAAGAUUUACUCGCAAAGUGUCUACAGCUCAUUACUCUUAAUAUAUCCAUUAAUUACACACUAUUUUGUUUGAUAAUGAAAUCUGAAGGUUAUGUAACUAACAGUGUAUCAAAAUCUAAAUUGUAGAUGUAUCUUCAUUUACUAUUAUAGUAAUGCUGUAAAACUCUAUGCACUCUAUCAAAUUUUGUGUUAAAUAACUUUAAAUUGCACACAAAUGGGUAUAUGACAUCAUGUCCAUAAAUGGAUGUGAUAUGAUAUCAUGUCCAUGUAUGGACAAUUCACAUAAACUUGUCUCUUAAAACGUGAUAAUAGCAGACUCCGCAUUUGGCUGGCUAUUUAAACUACGAGAGUAGCUCUGACAAUUAGAUAUAUUUCUUUUUGAAACAUGGUGUAUAAAAUUGGUUCAUAUCUUUCUACUUACUCAACCCUAUUGUAAAAUCUCUGCAGUCUGAAAAUAAAUUAAAUAAACAAGUGUGUA